GCCUGGUGUCUUUGCUAGAGUCUAUCAUUUACUUUCGAUUCCUAUGGUCAAUUUUUACUCGUUUUGGAAUUUCAGGAUGUUUCGCAGAUGAAACCUACUUGAAUACAAUAUGAUGACUGCAUCAUACUUAUAUUACCAUUCCUUAUCUUGCAAAGUGUUCAGAAUUAAGACCAGGAAAACCUUUACACAAUAUACGCCAGCUUGCCAAGGUAUUGAAUAUUGAUCGUCGGUGUCACAUCCUCCGCUUAAUACGGUUUUCACGCAAGGUCAAGCCACCUGAAGCGGUACAUUAUGAUCCACAAAAUUGAGAGGUUGGCAGCAAACAAGGUGUUGCAUGGAUUUAGGCUUAAGAGAUCGUUUGAAGUAACAGAGCUUCGUCUGCUAGUCGCAGAGCUAGAACAUGAAAAGUCUGGCGCAAUGCACUUACAUUUAGACCGAGACGACCCUAAUAAAACAUUUGGUGUUCAGUUCAAGACUUCUCCGACCAAUCAUUCUGGGAUUUCUCAUAUUUUGGAGCACACUGUUCUCUGCGGUUCCCAAAAUUAUCCGUGUCGUGACCCAUUUAUGAAGAUGUUGCGCAGAAGCCAGGCCACGUUCAUGAAUGCCCUAACUGCUAGUGAUUGGACAUUAUAUCCAUUCAGCACAAUGAAUAACACUGAUUUUCACAAUUUGCUAAAAGUGUAUUUGGAUGCUGUUUUCAGACCUAAAAUGGAAGAACUCGACUUUAUGCAAGAAGGAUGGCGUUUAGAGCCACAAAAUCUUGAUGAUCCGAAUUCUGAUUUGCUGUUAAAAGGUGUAGUGUUGAAUGAAAUGAAGGGAGUUUUCUCCAAUUCCUUAAACCGGUUCGCUUAUGCUGUUCAGAACAAUUUGUUGCCACAGACAUACGGUUUUGUGAGCGGAGGUCAUCCGGAAUUUAUACCAACGCUGACUCUUCAAUGUCUCAAAAAGUUUCACGAACAAUGUUAUCACCCAAGUAACUCAUGGUUUUAUACCUAUGGGAAUGUAGAUCUCAAGCAGUGUCUUGAGUUUAUGGAUUCUGAGUACCUUCAGCAUUUCGAAGCAUUGACACUAGACAAUUUAACACCACUAGAAAAUAUGUGGAAUGAACCCAGAUCCAUCGAGUUAUCAUGUGAACCAGAUCCAAUGACCCCUCAUCCGGAACGCCAAUCUUGUGUGUCUCUUAGCUUUCGUUUAGAUGAUAUUCGCAAUGUUUACACGAAUUUUGUGCUCGGUAUAGUAUGCAGUUUGUUGCUCGAUGGAGACAAUGCACCAUUAUAUCGUGGUUUGAUAGAAUCAGGAUAUGGAUUAGAUUGGAUUGAUAACAUCAACGGGAUUGACCGCGGAACCCGCACUACGAGUUUUCACGUUGGAGUGCAAGGUGUUAGGGCUGAUGACGUUGAAAAAUUCCCCAAUUUGGUUAUGGAUAUUAUAUCUGAAGUGGUUCGAGAUGGUUUUCCAAAAGAACGUGUUGAAGCGACACUUCAUCAAUAUGAAUUGGCAGUACGUCAUGAAUCAGCUCGUUUCGGUUUGAAUUUAAUUAUGAGUUUAUCAAACGCAGUUAACCAUGACGUUGAUGUUAGUGAAUUCCUGCAAAUCGGGUCCAUUGUAAAACGAUUUCGUGACGAAUGGGUAGAAAAUCCAACCAUGCUUCAAAGUAUUACUCAGCAAUAUUUCUUGGAUAACAAGCAUAGGCUGACAACAAUAAUGCGUUCGGAUCCCAGUUGGAAGUCUGUGGAAGCAAAAAAGGAUGAAGAGAACUUGAUUAAAUUAACAAAAGACAUCACUCUCUCAGAUAAAGAGACAUUAACAUCUAAGGCUCGUCAACUCCUUGAAAAGCAAAACGAAGAGGAAGACGUUUCGUGUUUACCAUGCCUCGAUAUAUUUGAUAUUCCUUUAGAAUGCAGACCAGAAUCGUUCACGCUAACUCAAACCGCUGACUGUUCAGUUCAGUUGAACGAGGCACCGACGAAUGGUUUAGUGUAUUUCCAUGGUUUGGCCGAUCUAAAAGAUUUACCACCCAAUUUGCUACCAUAUGUUCCAUUGUUUUGUGGACUAUUUACAAGAUUAGGAGCAGACGGGUUGAGUUAUCUGGAAAUGGAUCAAGCUAUAGAAUUGCAUACAGCUGGUCUGACAGCUUCAGCUCUAGCCACACCAAAAAUAUCUUAUUCUGAAGUCAAUUGUAUACCAACAUCUCGUCAUAUUCAUUUAUCUGGCUAUUGUCUUGAGUCGAAAUUGCCUGAUUUCUUUGAUCUUUGGUCUAAGCUGUUUUGUUCUCCUGAUUGGUCGGAUUAUGAUCGUUUAUCCACCUUAAUUCAAAUGUCUGCUGCAGGAGAAUGGUCUGCAAAUGCAAUAUCAAAUUCUGCUCACAGAUUCGCUAUGUGUCGUGCAGCUGCUAGUCUUUCUUCAACUCUACUUACCCGUGAGUUUUGGUCCGGUAUGGAGCAAGCUAAAAUCAUGCGUCAUAUUGCUGGUAAACUUGAUGGAAAAGAUGAAGGUGAAAACAAUUUUCCCUUGAGAAUUAGUGAAAUUAUGAAGUCUAUUUGGCAGCAUAUUGCUUCACGUGAAAGGCUUAAAUUCAGUCUUCAUGGUGAACCUGAAAGCUUAGCAAAUGGUUUGAAAUGCUUAGAGAACUUCUGCAGCAAAUUACCAAAGUCGUUAGAAAAGUCUAAUGUUUCUUCUGAUGAAGACACUGUAAAUGAUGAAGAUAUUUUCCCCAGUCUUUCUGAGAAUAUUUAUUUUACAAUGCCAUAUACAGUUCAUUAUACUGCUCAGGCUAUCAAAGCUCCAGGUUAUGAGUCUGUUGAUUAUGCAAGUUACCGUGUAUUAUCCCAUCUUCUGUCAUUUAAAUAUCUGCAUAGAGAAAUCAGAGAAAAGGGUGGUGCAUAUGGGGCAGGUGCUGUUUCAAAGCCAGAGGCCUUUUUGUUUUACUCUUAUCGGGAUCCACAUGCUUACAAAACUUUGAAUUGCUUUGAAAGUGCUUUGCAUUGGGCUGCAUCUCAAGAAUUUCAACAACAAGAUCUCAAGGAAGCUAAACUUGCAGUUUUCCAAGAAAUUCUUAGACAAAAACAUGGAAGAGAAGCCCCGUCGUCAAGAAUCACAACUGUUCCCAAGAAAACUCUCUUCAUGAACCUGGAAUUCAAAGGUGACAUCGCAGCAAAAAUUCUUAGAAGUCGCCUAUCUUAAUGUCUAAAGAAGGCAUUUCAAGCAGCCACCUUACGUAUCACAUUCUCCAGCAGACAGUUAAUCCAGUCUUACGUUAAGGAUAAGAUACCGCUUUUGGUCACUUCAGUGUGUAUUUAUCUGUUUACGUGCUCGUGUGGAGCAAAGUAAAUCGGCCGUACGCAACGUCAAGUCCACAGACGUAUUCUGGAACACUCUCCGGCUUGGUUAGCUAGCUAGUCAGAGGAGAAAGAAAGGACAGUAGCAGGUCCAUCCUCCAACACCGUGUCAUCUUUGGACAUCGAGCAGAGCACCCACACUUGCAUGAUUUUUCACAGUGCUGCAGAGAGUCCUUCAAUAUCGUACAAAGGGACUUUGCAUACGCCAUCUGAACAAAGUUGAAGCCUUAGCUAUUCGGGAUCUGAAACCGGACCUCUGCAUUCAAAAGCUAUAUACACAUUCACUCGCCCUACCGUGGUCAGGGUAAAGUUCUUACUAUAAUUUUACUUCUUUUUCUUACCUUCUGAAAAUGAAUCGUCGAAAAGAAAAUUUUUUUCGCUGUUUACGUCUUUUGUUUAUGAUUCAGUAUAGGAAUAUUUCGUUCAUUUGUAUGUAAGACUAUCAUGCAGUGAUGACACUGAAUCAUAGCAGUCGUCAUUGUUAAUUUGUAUGUUUCCAGAAUUAAGACACAGCAAACAUUUUAAAGAAAUUCUUUGUAUUUUACUAAAUUUAUGUAAUCACCAGUAUUUUUUUGUUCAAAGUUUAGUUUUGUCUGUUUUUCUAAUCGUCUGAAAAUGCUUCUAUAUGAAUUUCUGUUUUGAGUGAGCUUAUACUGCAAUUAGUAACUGGAUGAGAAUAAAGUUUAGAUCACUGAAGAAAUGAAUUUUAAGUAACAGCUGUUUAUUAUUGCGAAUUAAUGUAGAUACGGAUUGAUGCUCUAGUGUUGAAUAGGAUAGUGCUUUUUCGUCAUGAGAAUUUGUCAAACAUGGACUUUUCACUUGAGAUGAUUUGAUUGUCUAAUGAUUCGACAAUCCUGCCUGUGCGUGUUUACAAGAUAUGAAUGUUAGCGCUCCUCUUAUUGUCCUUAACCCCCAGUCCCAUCACUGUGUGUGUACUGAACCCAAUGUACUACCCACCUAAUAGGCACGAUAAUAGAUGAGAAAAUUGCUUAUUAUAGUAAACGAAUGAUUAAUUAAAAACAAACUCAUUUGUAUAUGCAGGAUUUCACAGUUUCGUAAUUUUUUUUUCAUUAACUUUGACGUCAAUGAUAUUCUGAAGAUGUACAGACUGGUUGUGGUGAAGAUCUGUUGUCUGGAGGAAGUACUCAAACACCGUGAGAGUUCAGACGAAAUCCGAUAUUAUGUAGGUUUCGACGGAAUUGUAGAAAUGAUAGAGUAUUGUGCUAAUCAUGGCACCACGGUCUAAUUCAUUUUUCUGUCCACGUGUCCACGGAUGGUUUUAUGUGAUGCUACGAUAACAAUUUGUACCUGUCAGAAAUACCCACUGUUUCUGUUCUUAUUUAAUUCCACUCGGUAAAUAUACCAGUGGAUGUAACGAUGAUAGGCUGCCAUGGUUAGGAGAUUGACUUCGCUUUGAAGCUAUUGACGAAAGGUAGAGCAAAGUACGCAGUAUGUUCCGUAUGUAAUUCCUUGCUGUGAAAUGUAAUUUAUACUAUAGGACUAGUUUCUACGAAAUCGCGGUUUUAAGUUUUGUCGACUUGACUUAUUUCAGAAGUUGCAUCGAUCUUGACUUACUCCUCGCUGAUCCACCCGCUGUAAUGAUACAAAAGUGCAUUUUGUAUUUGUCUGCAUUCGUCAUCUUCGACAAAGACUUAGUAUCAAGUUAUCUAUCGAAGGAUGUGUGCUGUGCAUCAGUUCACUUCUUGCUAUUUUACUACCGAAAUUGAAUGAUGUGAAAACAAAGAGUUCCUCUUUUUCGUGAUAGGUUGAGCUAUGUGGCUAAAUUUUUAAUUCAGUCUAUGCAAUUGUGAACGUUAAUCUGGUAGGCUAGCUACACAACAAAUAGGGCUAGCUUGAAUAAGAAUUUAUAUGGACAUUUUUAGAUACAUUAUGGUUCGGUUUUUCUUGUUUAGUGAAUUUUUGUGUUUUUUCUCAUCAAUUAAGUUGGAUAUUAAAAUCCUAUUGUACUCAAUGUCUGGUGCUGACUCAUGUCUAAAUUAAUUGAUUCUAUUCCAACCGACGUAAUGAUGCAGUUAUAUUCUACAGUGCAAUGUAGGAUUCUGUCCCAAUUAGACAGAGCUUUUUCCGUUCAUGGUUUUUUGAAGUAAUUUGCAUUUUCAUUCCUUGAAUGUAGUUUCUCAGUGGGAUAGCCCUUUGUUAUAUGAGUAAACAUGGGUAGAAAUGACCGUCGCUGUCCCACUUUACUGUUAUUUCUCUAAUAGAAUUUUGUGGUCAAUUUUCGUUUUUUACUGUCUGUAAUUAACCGACUACAAAUACUAAGGUAUAUUUAUUCUGCUAGCUUUUAUUCAUUAAUACCUUCAUCUGAACACAUUUUCAUACUGCUGUUCAGUUGGAUUAUCCUGUUUCCGCUGGU